CUCUCUCUCUCUUCUCUCUCGCAACUGUCCUUCCGUGUUCAACUCGCGUUUUAGCAGACAUAGGAAACAAAUCAAACCACGGAGAGAGAGGGAACGACUUUUAUAGAGAGAGAGAAUCAAAGAUUCCUAUUCUUUGGUGGAGCAAAAGUUUUCUCGAUACAGAGAAUAGAUUGAUAGACAGUCAUAAACCAUUGUGGCUGUCAAUUCCUGAGCAAUUUAUCCGAAUUUGAUAGUGAAUUUCUCGACCUCGAUUAUUAGGCUUUCAUUGAGAUCUUACUUCGAUCUUGCUUUGAAUCGGUGAGAGAAAACGGUCAGAGCUUUGGUUUCUGCGUCGAUUCUGCGAUUAAAGAGGGUUUUUGUCGGUUGUUGAUUUAAAUAAUCGCUGAAUUAAUUUGAUUUUCAACGUUUAAGUUGGGAUUAGUGUGUGGAUUCUGAAGGGAGUUAGGAAUUGUGAGGGAGUUUGAGAUGAAUGAUGUUGACCUUAACACCAGUUGGUUUGUGAUGUAAUAUGGCCCUGGUCGUUACACGCAAAGAAGAUGUCGCUUUACAUUGGUCGCGAGGCUUCAAAGCUAUGGAAAACAGUUUGUGGGGAGAUUAUUACAGAAAUCAACCUUCUUGCCGAGAAUUGGAAGUAUAUGUUUGCCGGUCUCAUCUUCCAGUAUAUUCAUGGGUUGGCAGCUCGAGGAGUUCAUUAUUUUCAUCGGCCAGGACCAAUUCUUCAGGAUCUUGGGUUCUUUCUUCUUCCGGAGCUUGGGCAAGACAGAGCUUACAUUAGUGAGACUGUGUUCACCUUCAUCUUUCUAUCCUUUGUCUUGUGGACCUUCCAUCCUUUCAUUUUCAAGAGCAAAAAAAUCUACACUGUUCUAUUGUGGUGCAGGGUUCUAGCCUUUUUAUGUGUUUGUCAAAUUCUUCGGAUAAUAACAUUCUAUUCUACUCAACUUCCUGGUCCAAACUAUCAUUGCCGUGAGGGUUCAAAGAUUGCCACAUUGCCGCCUCCGGAGAGUAUACUAGAAGUCUUAUUAAUAGUUCCUCGAGGAGUGCUGUUUGGUUGUGGUGAUUUGAUAUUUUCAUCUCAUAUGAUCUUCUCUCUAGUUUUUGUGCGAACUUACCAAAAAUAUGGCACACGAAGGUUCAUAAAGCAAUGUGCUUGGUUAAUUGUCGUAAUUCAGAGCUUGUUGAUUAUCUCAUCCCGUAAACAUUACACAGUUGACAUCAUUGUGGCCUGGUAUACCGUCAAUUUGGUGGUGUUCUUUAUUGACCAUAAAUUGCCAGAACUGCCUGACCGUAGUGGGGCUGGGGCAUUUUUGCUACCAUUGAGCAAGACUAAAGAAGAGAAUCACAAGCUCUUGAAUGGGAAUGCUGGAGAUCAUGUGGAUUGGAGGCUGAGAAGUCAAGUUAAUGGCAAGAUUCUAGAAAAUGGCAAUGCUGUACAUGUCGAAGCAGUGAUGAUGAAUGGUGUAUAGAUGAUAAGAGUUGCAGCCGCUGCGACCUAAUUAAGCUGCUGCGAGGACUGCUAUAUCUAUUUCCCAACUUGGUUCUAAGGAGUCAUUCGCUGCUGUGUCAGAAGAAGACCGAGAGAGAGAGAGAGAGGGAGAUUGGCUAUAUGGUUCAUCCGGGGGAGAGGUCGAGCUUCAAGAAAUGGUGAAUGGUGUUAUCAAUACACAAAUUUAUAACUCCCCAGGAAUUUCAAUUGCGCUUAUAUUGUAAAAAUUGGGUUCAAUCUUUCUCUAGUCCCUUCUUAUCA